GAUGUUUCUGAUGGAAGAGAUAAAAACAAAUGGAGUGAACCCAAGUGUGAACUCCUCUACGGUUAUGUUUUUUUCGUUUACGUGUGACGUGUACCUUACACCUUGAAAUUAAUUUUUUCGAGUAUUGUUUGAAGUGUUGUGUCGAAAUAGAAUGGUUAGAAUAAUGUUUUUACAUCCCGAUUUGGGAAUCGGCGGAGCAGAAAGACUCGUCGUUGAUGCCGCUGUUGCUCUGAAGAAGCAAGGACAUGACGUUAAUUUUGUUACAAGUUUCUAUGAUCCUGAGAGGUGCUUUUCAGAGACCAAGGAUGGAAGUAUUCCGGUUCAUGUCGUUGGAGACUGGAUUCCGAGACACAUUUUUGGGAGAUUCUUCGCACUGUGCGCUUACAUUCGCAUGAUUUACGCCGCCUGUUGGAUCUACUUUAUGGAGCAGCGUCCAGACAUAGUAUUCUGCGACUUGGUAUCGGUCUGCAUUCCCUUUCUCCGCCUAUCUGUCCCAAAAGUCAUAUACUACUGCCAUCAUCCAGAUCAAGUCCUGACAGCACCUGGAGGCUGUCUGAAAUCUUUAUACCGAACCCCACUCAAUUACUUCGAAGAGGUAACCACUGGUCAGGCAGAUAAAAUAUUCGUCAACAGUAUUUACACCUCUAAAGUCUUCAAGAACACUUUCACGCGAUUAUCCAUUACUCCAGAGAUUUUGUAUCCAUCUUUACACACUCAUUUUUUUGACUCAAGUUACAUAGCUCCAUUAGAAAAAACUUUAGACACGAAGCUGCCUGAUGAUAGUAUUAUUCUACUCUCGAUAAAUCGAUAUGAGAGGAAGAAGAACUUGGGACUGGCGAUAGAAGCUUUGGCAGACCUCAAGAAUCACUUGACUGAAGAUGAAUUCAAUAGAACAUUUUUGAUAAUGGCUGGAGGAUACGAUAAGAGGGUCGAGGAGAAUGUGGAGCAUCAUCUCGAGUUGGUGGGACUUGCGUCCGAGCUUGGGAUCACCAACAAUGUCAUUUUCCUACGAUCUCCAUCGGACUCUGAUAAAGUAUCACUCCUCAAGCACUGUCAUUUGUUAAUUUAUACCCCACCUAACGAACAUUUUGGAAUAGUUCCACUGGAAGCUAUGUAUUUCGAAAAACCUGUGGUUGCUCACAACUCUGGAGGACCAAUGGAGACUGUUGUGAAUGACGUCACGGGGUUUCUAGUGAGAGAAUUAACUCCUGAAGCUUUUUCUGAGAAAAUUCAUGUGUUAAUUGCGGAUAAAGCGUUGAGGUUGAAACUAGGGAGGGAGGGGAAAGCUAGGGUCAUUGAGACAUUCUGCUUCCAGGCGUUCAGUGAUCAGUUGAAUAAAACUGUUGAUAGUUUAUUGAUUUGAUGUUUGUAUGCGGUGUUCAUGA